AUUUCUGCAGAUUUUAAGUACGAUUUAAAUGUAUAUUGAGUGAUUAAAAUCAGCGCUUAACCUCAUUGGAAAUGGCGUAAAUUUGUAUUGCGAACGUUGCAAUCAGCAUCAUAAGUAAUCGUCCUUGGCACACACACUUUGCACGCACCGCAUAAUACGCGCCUUUUUCCGAACGUUUACCUGCUGCAUUUUAUCUACCCAUGCAUACCGUUUACAACAAAAAUCAUAACAACAACAACUUUCCGGAUAUUUUUUAUCCUGAUUACAUCGAUGGACCCCUGACGUCCAAGAGGAUGAUAAUUGGAUCGUUUUCGAUGUUUGUGAUAUUCUCCUACCUGGAAUUGCUCUACAUACUCGUGGCAAUCUAUUUGGCGCUGCACCACGUCCGCUAA